CAUGUUGUUGAGAUCUACGGCAAGCGUACGUGCAGUUAUGUGUUGGCGAGGCAAGAGUUUGAUAACGUUUUUCGGGUUCGGGGUUCCCACCGGAAUGGAGCGUUCAAAGUUGAAUAACCGCAGAUUUAGUAACUGACAUGGGCGAAGACACCUAUGUUUCACAAAGAGGCUGGCAGCUGAAGUAAGAGGUGGGCAGGAUGGGGGAGCGGACCGUUGGCGGCCCUGUGGCUGCGAUCUCUCCAGUGCAGCAGAUGCUGGCCUCUGGCACUGGAGCCCUCCUCACAUCUCUAUUUGUCACGCCGCUGGACGUAGUGAAGAUCCGGCUGCAGGCUCAGCAGACGCCCUUCCACCAGGCUUUAGGCUGUGAAUCGGCUCCGUGGGUCGGGGUCCGCCGCUCUUCCAAAUGGAAAUGCUUUCUGUACUGCAACGGCCUGAUGGAUCACAUCUACGUCUGUCGGCACGGAACCAGCUGCACCAACUGGUACAAAACGCCCACGCAUUUCAGCGGCACCCUGGAUGCUUUUGUGAAAAUCAGCCGCCAUGAAGGACUGCGCUCUCUGUGGAGUGGGCUGCCACCGACGCUGGUCAUGGCGGUUCCAGCCACAGUCAUCUACUUCACCUGCUACGACCAGCUGAGGGACUUCCUGUGGUUCGGUCUGGGUCUGCAGGGCAGCUACGUCCCUCUUCUUGCUGGAGGUCUCGCCAGAUUGGGAGCGGUGACGGUGAUAAGCCCUCUGGAGCUGGUCAGGACCAAAAUGCAGUCCAGAAAGCUGACGUACAGCGAGCUGCGGGUUUGCAUCCGCUCGGCUGUGGCGCAGGGCGGCCUGCUGUCCCUGUGGAGGGGCUGGGGGCCCACCGUUCUCAGGGACGUGCCUUUUUCUGCUCUGUACUGGUUUAACUAUGAACUGGUGAAGGCCCAGCUCUGCGAACAGUACGGAACGCCAAAGGCCAACUUUUCCAUCAGCUUUACUGCAGGAGCUGUUUCUGGAGCCAUUGCUGCUAUCCUGACGCUGCCGUUUGACGUAGUGAAGACUCGAAGGCAGAUCCAGCUGGGAGAGAUGGACUCUCUGGGAGUUACCAAAAAGGGAACAUCAUCCACGUGGCACAUAAUGAAGGAAAUCUGGUCAGAGUUGGGUUACAGAGGUCUCUUUGCAGGUUUCAUGCCCAGGGUGAUCAAAGUGGCUCCAGCCUGUGCUGUAAUGAUCAGCAGCUAUGAGUUUGGGAAGGCCUUCUUCCAAAAGCUGAACCUGGACCGACAGCGACUAGCGCCGUGAACUGUGCCAGCAGGGGGCGCCGGCUGGUGUAACUGUGGAGAACGUGAUGAACAGGCUGGCCUGCAUCUAGGUUUUUCUUUCUUUGAACAUGUAACUUGACAUGUGUGGCGUUUGCAAGGAUCUGCAGAAUGGUUCUCCUGGAAAAAAGAGACACGCCUUCAACCUUCACUGCAGCAACCCGUCUAGCUGAGUCUGCAUCCUGAGGAGACUGUGGACCUUUUAUGCAUGUUUUAGAACAUUUGGUAAAUGUUGGAAGACACGUUUCAAUGCUGAAGGGAGGAUGUUUGGACUGACUUUGUGGAGGAAUCAUCUUUAAACCCGAGGCCACUUCCCCCACUCUGCACGGCAGAGGUGCAAAGACUGCAACAGAUCUGAGCCAAGCUGGAGUCUCAUUCCUUCCAGUCCAGAGAAGAUGCCUCUGCACUCGCGUUACUACAUGAUCUGUUGUUCCGUUGCAUUAAAACGGGACGAUUUUAGCAACUAUCUGCUGUGUAGAUAACAAACAGGUUUUGAAUGCUGAUUGAAUGAAUAAUUCUUUCACAUGCAACAAGAGACCUGUGGAAAAAUAAUGCACCCAAAACAUUAGAUUUUUAUGUAUGUUGGAUACAUGCAAUACCUUCAUUUAUGAGGAGACACUCUCCUCCCAGCGCAGGACUGAAGCAAGCCUGAGAGGACUUCCUAGUUUUGUUUGUUCAAGAAACAGCAACAGAGCAACUGUUGCAGGAAUUUGAGUUAUUUAGAUUCAUCAAGAGGUCUCAGGAAAUGUGAUUUAAAGGACGUAGUAUUCUGAUGAGUUAAUACUUUAGACACUGGACCAUUAAA